AUGCGUCCGUCGGGGCCCCUAAAAGUGAAAACAGGAAGUCCUGCUGACCUAGAUAUCAAACCCCAGCUGGUCGGGCCGACCGGGUCGCUGGCGUGGGCAGGCAGGCAAGCGUUGGCACACUCUGCAACUCGCAACCUUUUGCCUUUUGCACAAAUGUCAACGUACGAAUCAAGCUGUGUUUGGAAAUGUCGUGUCCCGCUUGCCUCUAUGUUCUGUUAUAGGAACCCCACCUUCAAAAGCCUCAAGUGUCCUUCGCAGCCACAUUCCGCCAUCCUACGCGAAUCCUGGGGUAACUGGAGCAUCAUUACACCUGCCUCAUUCAUUAUACAUCAUUAUAGCGACAAUGUCAAGGCCCGGGAGGUCACAGGGUCAUCGAGGUAUAAGGUCAAAGUGGGGAAUCGUCUUCACAAGUUUUAUUUUGGGGUCAGUGUGAAGGAGGUGCUGGUUAAUUGCCCUGAUGGUUGGUUCGUGUGCGAAGACAGGUCGGCCUGCGUGGCACCUGACCUUCUGCAGGACGGAGUGCCAGACUGCCUGGACGAAACUGAUGAAGUGUGCGACGACUGGCAGCACGAGUGCCUGUGCGGCUUCCCGAGGUGCAUCGACAUCGCGCUCGUGGGCGACGGGGCCCUCGACUGCCUGGAGGGGUCGGAUGAGCUGGCCAUUGACAAAGACACGUACAUCUGCCCCGCCGAGGUCGCAGAAGAUUUUGUUGGCACACAGCACACGCGCCCCGGGAAUUACAAUGCACACUUAAUAUUUCACUAUCACCUCACCCUCAUCCUCCCUCAUAAUUUACUGACGCUAACUGGCGACUCUGCAGAGGUCAGGACGGUGGUAAUCGACGCAACCUCGACUGCUUCUCCUCAACUCGAAGACGACCAACCUACAGGACUGUUGUAUUCAAGCGUCGGUACCUUUAUUAAUGACGGUACGACUUCUGAGUAUGUGACCCUCGUCCAUGGCACGCGCGUGAAGGACGAGUACACCCAGGUCACAUCUACCUCGUCGAGGAUCUUCUUCUCUUUGCCUACGCGGUUGUCCGGCAGCAAGCCCGAAGGAGUCAUGUCAACUGAGGUGCAGACGCGCGCGGAUGACUAUGCGACCACGCUCCUGACGACACGUUACAUACGGACCCACAUUGACGGGACUUACGCACAACAGAUCGAGACGAUAACAGAUGUUCAUCCAAAUCUUCCUUUGUCUCCAACAGCUCCUGUGAGAAUUCCUGUCCAUGGUACUUUCUUCACUCAAAGUCCCAGUGGGCAGCAUGCAAAGCUGGAAGUGAGUUUGGUCGAAGGUGUCCUUAAGCCUGAUCCGGUGGGAGAUGAGAUCGUGACGCUUAUGGGAACCCAAGGACAGUUCAUCAAGGAGGGGGUUUCACAGGCCACCACUUACAAUGUGUUCACUGGGUCUUACGUUAAGGAUCUCCGCACUUACCUGUUCUUCUUUGGAAACACUGCCUUACCAGGACACACAUUAUCUGUGGGAGAGGUUGAGCCUUCUGAGACAAUGCACACUGAAGUUGUUGUUAAGAAGGGAGGAGCACAGUCGAAGAUUCUGGUCGACAUGGAAAAGGACCUCCAGGUUAUCAUGCCUUCCAAAACUCACAUAAUAGACGCCACUGUUGCCCCCGAUCUCCUGAUGGGCGAGGGAAUGAUUGACGGCCGUAAAAUGGGGGGAGUUUUCAUCGAAGGAUCCGAAGGUUUUGAGAUGGAGGGUGCCCAGACCCAGAGCGGCGAAACAAGCAUGCUCACGAUCACCAUUGGACGCCCAGUAGCCCACACUCGCAUCAUUCAAGCAUCCUCUGUUGUGAAUCCAGAGGAGGUGACAGUACUUAGCAUGGAAGAAAAGCUUCGCGAGACAGAUGUAAUGGAUAAUGAAAUUGAUGACUCACUUUUGCGAGCUCGCAAGGUACAUUUCACGGGUGAUGAAAUCAUUGCUGACCUGCAGCCUUCUCCUCCUGUAAAGGUUGAUAUUCCCACCUUUACAAUUGACCACUCUAAUGUGCCCCUCGAGGCUGUAGUUGGAGUCACUAGGAAAACUACAAAUUCUGUGGGGAAGAGUGUCAGUGAAGGUCUGCAGCAUUCAUCCCAGCGUGAAGGAAAGUCCAUUGAUGACAUUCGUGCUAAAUUCAACCUUGAGACUGGAGGUGAAGAUUCUGACCUACCCACUGUAACCUAUGUAGGUUUUGCAGACUUCACAACCACCAUCGCUGACACUGUAGUAGUUUUCACCCCACGAUCAGGUUCACCUAACAAGGUACUCAAGCCCCAAGUUGCACCAACAAAAGAGGUGACACCAACCAAAGUUCUGACUCCAACUCUGGCAACAGAGGUUCCUGAGGUGACAACUUUAGCACCGCGUCUUGCUACUUCUCGCCACAGUGAAGAGGAAAUUAUCAUUGGAACUCCCUCCCAGACUCCUCCACUUAAAACAGCAGAAAAUGUUCCCGAUGAAAAGAAUAUGGAAACAAUGAUGGUGUCCAAGACAGAAGGAACAAUAGUGAAGACAACUGGAAUAGAUGAUCAUGCCACUGAAGGUGAGGUCCUUUCCACCAUCUCUACUAGGCGAUUCAACACUAUUGACUUGUACCCUACAGGUCUUGUGUCUUCCAUUGGUGGCACCAUUGUAAUGAAUGAUAUGACAACUCUCUUGACCACUUAUGUGUACGGUACUUACAUACAAGGACAGUAUGCUCAAAUUGUGCAGAGUACAUCCAGCAUUUUCUAUCUUGUGCCACUGUCAUCAACCCAAGGCAUCCAGGCAACUAAGCCAUUUGAAACCAUUACUUCAACCAUGAACUUUGACUACCCUGAACCUACAACAGAAUUCUUUGAUAUUUAUGAUGAAUAUGAUUAUGAGGGAGCCACAACAGAAGAUCUGCCUCCAAAGGUGUUUGAAGAAAUCGUUGAUAAUGCUCUAGGCAGGUCAGUUGCAUCUAGUCCCAAUCAGCAACAGAUUGUAGACACAGACAAAGAAAAUGACCAAACAGAAUCCCCACUGAAGCCAGAUCCAGUUGAUGAUUUAAUAGAUCACAUCACCACUCUCACCUUCUAUACUACCUACUUCAAAGACAGUCAGACAACUGUUUCCACCAGACUGGAGACUUCAACAGUCCUUCGUCCCUUCCUCUUCACCCAAGAUUCCACACUUGAGGCAACUCCCACUGAAGAACCAGAAAUUUCUGCUACUGAAGAACUGACAACUCAUACCGUCUACACUACCCUAUUUGUUGAUGGGUCGUCUACUGUUUCUAGCCAGAUAGAAGUGCACACCAAAGGUGCCGAGGAGAGUAUCCAGAAUGAUUUCUCUUCUGUCACCACAACUAUUCUUCCUACUGUUACUGCACUGGAAGUAGAUAGUGCUACUAUUAUACCUGAUACUACACCAUCUGAUGAAGUUGCUGUGGUAGAAGCAAUCAGCAUUGAUGAGUAUGACCUGACCACUGAAUCAGUAGUUGAAUCUUUCACAGAGUCCAUGUCAGAAUCUAUGUCAGAAUCCUCGACAGAUAGCUCUGCACAGGAUGUGACAGAAGCUCCAGGAUUCUCCCUGGAUUCCUCAUUGAACCCCGAAGAAGAAGUGAGCUCAGCAUUCUUACCACGCACAUAUUACACAACAUACACGUACUUUACCACAUACUACCGCUCGGGCACCUCGUCUAUUGUGAGCAGCCUUGAGACCCAAACUAAUGUGGUAACCGAUCCUGGCGACCAGGAUAAGUACAAGACUCUUACUCCUGAAGUACCAACAUAUCCUGUUACCUACUAUACCACAUUUACCUACUGGACAACAUACUUCAAGGGAAAUACAACUUCAUCUGUGAGCUCUGAGACGACAUACUCUAAUGUUAUCACACCUACAGCACAAGUGAAGCCAACCAUUGUUCCUGAACUUCCUCCUACAGUUUCCCCAUCUCCAACAUUUGUAUCCACAACUAAAUCUAGCACUCCUGCUGUGACCACAUUCUAUACAACUUACACAUAUUAUGCCUCCACUUACAUUGGAGAUUCCAUAAUUGUAAACAGCCGAUUGGAGACGAAAACCGAAGUUGUAACUGCUACUCCCACUCUUCCAGUGUUUGCCACAGCUACUGAAGAAUCUACUAAAUCAUCUAUUGUUCUUCCCUCAAAAUCAACUGGACUAUUGUCUACCAUUCGAGGCAGCACUGUGGUUGAUGGAACUACAACUAUCUUCUCAACAGACAUUAUUGGCACAGUGGUUGAUGGCCUUUAUGCUCAGAUUCAGUCGACAACCAGCUUUACUGUGGCUCCUACCACUACAAGUACUCCUGUCUUCCUUUUGCCAACAUUCAGCAAGGAAACAAAGGAAACUCCAUUCUUCCUCUUCCCAACAACAACAACAAGUGAGGAGACCACCACCUCUAGAUCGACUCCAUUCUUUAUCUUCCCACUUACCACUGAGGAGACAACAACAGAAACAACUCCUUUCUUCAUCCUCCCCACUUCAGAGAAGGAAGAGUCAACCAGCACCCCAUUCCUUCUGUUCCCUACUGUCACAGAAGAGACAACCACUGAAAGUGAAACUGUGCCUUUCUUCAUUUUCCCAACUAAUACUCAAAAGACACCAUCUAGCCUUGCUACCAUUGAAGAACUGUUUUCAGCUAUUGCUGAAAGUGUUCUUGAUACUCCUACUUCUCGACCACAACUUUUCGUCACACCAGCUCUUGACUCAUCACUGAAUGAUGCUGCCACAGAUACAUUAUCCAUAGAGUCAGCUACAGAAGCUUUACCUGAGGAAGAAGCAGUUACAGAACCCCCAGAGGACGAGGUAAUUGUUUCUCCUACAACAAAGAGUAAACUACAAUUUGCCUCAACAUUCCCAGGCUUCAAAAAACGACCAUCUGGUUCUCGCAAUAGGCCAGACCUUUUCCCAUUCAUAAGACGUUCAAGCUUCCGACAGUGGUCUGCAACUGUUACAAAUACUGGCUUGACUCCUACUGUCACAGCAACACCUGCAAGCAAUUCUGAUACUACAAGAGCAACUACAUCCAGUCGCCCAUUCAGGUUUGGUUUUGGUACUUCAGCAGUAAGGACAACACCAACAUCCUCACUCCGUUUACGAUUCUCAACUCCUGGUGCAUUUAGUGCUUCCAGUAUUAGCCCAGGUGUUGCCAGGACCAGCAGUCCAAGACCAGGAAGUACCUCUGGCUUUAGAUUUGGCUCAACUUCAAGUGUGCUGAGAGGUUCCAGCAGUCCAGGUGGCUUUAGAUUUGCUGGAACCCUUUCAUCAGUUUUCCCUGGUAGUACUAAAUCCAUAUCACCAUCAUCUGUCUUCUCAGGAUUCACAGUAACAGCUGCACCUGAGUCUGACCUUGAAGUAGGCAUAGAAGAUGAUGAUAAAUCUUCCUCUAAUAACCCUGAAUCAGGUUUUAGGCCUUUUAGUUUCCGUCCAAGACAGCCAUCAAAUGCCCCAGGAACACGAUCUUCUAUUCCAUUUGCACUUCUUAAUCGCCGACCAAACACACCAAAGAGACCAAGUGCAAGUGUGAGUCGAUUUGCCCCCAAGGAAAAAGAUGAACCAGAGAUCAUUGAAAUAGAACCAGAGAUCCAGCCAACAACAGAAACUCCAACAACUUUCCGUAGGCAAACCUUUGACGCACCUAGGCAGAACCGCUUCCGGCAAGGCCGCCCUGACUUGUCUAAAUUGUUCCCCCGAAGAAACAGAGCUCUUCAGAAUGAAGCUUCAGAAGUAAACCCUGUAUAUGUUGAAGCUGGAGGAAGGCGACUAACACAGGAAGAACUGGAGGAGAUUUUGGCACAAGAAGUUUCAGACACAAUUUUAAAUAGAAGAAAGCGUCAGGCAGCAUUUGGGCAACGCACUUCCCGAGGCAAUGCAAGACCAAGUAGGAAUAACCCACCACCAGACAACAGUCGUAGAGCAAGAGUAUCACGUCCUACAGCACGUGUGGCUCCCUCUCCACCAAGAUCAAGCAAUAACUCUCCUUUCACACUUACCCCUGCACGUGGAAGGAGUCGUGCCCCAGAACCAGAGCCUAAACCAGCUCCACCUCCUGAACCUGCGAGGGAGAAUCCAAGAGCUCGAGGUUCUACGGCCCGCCAGUCAAGGACAACUCCUUCAACUAGCCGCACUACCCUUCCACAAAGACCCAGAUCAAGCAGAACAAGGAGUGCUGUUCCCUUAGGAAAUAUUCGUGGAAGAGGCUUUAGACGUCCCUCUACAGAUAACAAUUUCCGUCCUUCCAGUAAAUUUACUCCUAAUCGUCAGUCUCCCAUAAUUCCUCCCGCAAGAAAUACUGCCAGGCGACCAACACUAAGCAGUAGUAGAGGUAGUACUCGUGACUCAGACCGCAACAAACCUCAAGAAAACCCAAUAACUGCAUUCCGAAAGAAGCCGUCACCUGAAGUUCCAACAGAGCCACCUGCAAUCUUUCCCAGUGAUGAUGGAGGAUUCUUGAUUCAAGAGGAAAUCACUGUCACUCGCGAAAUUCCUGUGAAAGCCACCAUCCCAGUGGUUGAGAAUGGACAAACUCAGCAAAAGGAAGUUAUCACAGCUUCUUUACAAACGGAGAUAAUUCAGCCUGAUCAGAUCACACAGAGUACUAUAGAUGGGACUGUCAGGCUUGUACUUAGCACCUUUGCUGGAGAAAACGAUAUCACUCACUAUGUUGUAGAUCCUGUGGAAACCACCACAGUGACACACACACGUACCUUCAUUGGAGGUCGCCGUACCUCAGUCCCUGUUGAGCUUCCAACAACUGCCUAUAGUGUGGUCACAGUGACAGAGACCAAGGCUGGUGGAGACAUCCAGCAGCUGCUUUCAUUACUUCUUGGACAGCAACAGCAACAAAAUCCUCUGCUAGCUGCUCUUGGUUUGGGACAACCUAUGACCAGUGAGAGGGUACACACACGUUCCUAUGUCACUACUGUUACUAAUCACAUAUCAACAGCAAUUCCUGUCAUCUUGCGUGGUAGAACUAUCCAGACCACCAUUGUAGAGACUGAGGUGAAGGUAAUCACUGCUACGGAAUUAAGUACAGAAACUGUACUUGCGCAAAAUACUGCAUCCCCUUUCAUCAAUCCUAACCCCCUCAACCAGCUUCUGCCAAUCCUCCUACAGGGUCAGCUGCAACAACAAUCUCCACAAAUGAGACCCACACGAGAGCCAUCUAUUGAUACACAGUCAAUCACCCCACAAUUGCUGGAACAGGCAUUAAAACAGCAAGAAGCACUGAAAGCAGAAAAUCUUCCCACACCAUCCCCUCCAUUACCUACACCAGUUGAAACUUCAAUUGUGACAUUAUAUGUCUCAGGAAAACGGCCAGGAGAGUUUUCAACGCUGUUGUCAACAGUAACUUUAAGUGGUGAUUCAACUCGUAUCAAACGUGGUUCUCUCUCCACAAAGGAUGUGCAGCCAACAGUCCUUCCCCAUUAUAUAGAAACAGACAAAGGUAUCUUCCAACUCCCAGAAACUUAUGAAGCAGAUGACAUGGAUUGGUUUAUAAUGUCUGCUAUGAACGAGAUUGACACUGGUGAUAUUAGAAAAGUGACACCAAGCUUAGAAUCUGUGUUAGGAGAUUUAAGUCAGCAUUCAUAUCAAGCACCCGAAAGCAUUUCCUACAAAACGAGUCCUUUUUUAUGGGAGGGCCCCGCUGAGUCAACCCCGCUCAAGCGGAAUGUUCGUAGUGCACAAAGGGGUAGCAAUGAAAACCAAGGUGAACUUCGAUUCCCAGGUGCCAGGAAGAUCCAGGAUGGAACUCGUCAGCAGAUUGUUGAGGAUGAACGCCCCGUUCUUGGACAGUUCAAUAUUCCAGGUCUCAGAUUCCAAAGCCGUCUGAUUUCUGAGCAAAUCCAGCAGCUACAGGCACCAACAACCUACUACACAACAUUUACAUACUACACAACACUUGUUGAUGAUAUUGGCCGUGAGUAUUUGCAGAGCUCAGAGGAAACUAUCACUCAGUUGGCUACUCAUGGUAAUGUGCGAUUUGAUGAUUUUACCAGGAUUGGUGGAGAAUCACCAUUGCUAACUAGUGUUCCUAUACAGGCUAAAUUUACACUAGAGGAUGCCAUCAUUCCAGGAAAGCCAAGACCUGUUCCUGAUCCAGUAUUUAAAGAGCCAGAACCACCAUUUGGCCCAGUCGUCCGAGAAUCAGUUAUUCAGCCUUUCCAGCGAGGGCUUGAACCACAGGGUUCCAAAACUCUACCUGUUGAACCAUCUGAUGAGAAACCAUCUGGUCGUAAAGUUCCAUCAUCAGUAGCUGAGCAGUUGAUACCACAGCAGAAUCUUGCUUCUGAUCAAGCUUUGUUUGGAGAGCAGAUCGAUGAGGAAGACCCAGUGAACCUUGCACAAAAUCCUCGUCGAAUUGUCCUCACCCGUAAACGGCCAAUUUCCCAGCAGACACCUGAAGACAGACGCCGUGUUGUGAUUACUCGCAAACGACCUGUUGAUCAAAAGGAUGAGCUUGAAGGUGAAGUAGUGCCAGUAGAUGAACCAGUAACCCCUGAACAGUCUCUCCAUAGAACACCUGCUGCUCCAUCUUCAAACUUCCUAGCAGACAGUGACCUGAAAAGAGUUGAGAAUGGAGUCAAGUCAGAUGAACUUCAAAAAUCUAAUGGGCAGGGUAUAAUCCAAGGAACUAUAAAGGCAACUCAUGAGAUCAUGGAAAUGGAAGAACAAGAUCAAGAGGAGGAAAUACCAGGUAGUCCUGGUUCUAGUCGCCAAGUACGUGUCACCGUCACCAAAAGACGACCAGUUCUACUUACAGAAACUGAAGAUAUUGCAGAUAAAACCACAACACUCUCAGGAGGGCGGCGACGUGUGGUAGUAACAAGGCGCCUUCCACAGCCAACAGUUGUAGCUAGUCCACUUCGCCCAUUGGUAGCUACAGUCAAUACUUUCUACACAGUGUAUUCUUAUCUCUACACUCUGUAUGAAAACAAGACCCCCUUUUCUGUUUCUACAAGGGAAGUAACUGUCUCAAAUCAAAUAGAUCCUACAGUUGUUUCAGUUUUACCUACUUUCCAUACAGGAAGGGCUGCUACUGGACUGUACACAUUAGAAAAUGGAUUUAGUGUUGCUACCUUGGGAGAACGUGUUGUAGAUACUCUUACUACACAGAUAUUCCUUGCAUCUGCAACACUGAUAAACAUCACACCAGAAGCUGUCCAGAAAAAUACAGAACAGAAGCAGACAGAACUUCCUGGACCAACAACAGAACCACCAAUUAGUGUGCCUACUGAAGCACCUACACCUCUUCAGUCUUCGCUGGCAGAGGAUGAAGCGGUUGUAUCUACCAACACACCAAUCCUUACAACCAGCAGCUUUAGAGCCACUCAAAGAGGACAGCAAACUUCACUCCCUAAUCAGAGAGGAAGAGGAGAAACAACGCGACCUGCAGAAGAGAUUACAACAGAGCUGGCAAAACCUACACCAUCAAGAGCAGGUAUAAGGAACCGUGGGCGAGGUACUGUAAGAUUUGUUGAUAAUCGUCAGCGUAAUCGCAUUACAGUCACUAGGCGAAGGCCAGUAUCACCAGCAACAAGGGAACCAAGGCCAGAUCCCAACACCAGAACAGUUCCUGAGAGUGUGACAAUAGCCACCCCAGAGGAAGAGACAUUCCUAAAGACUGAAGAGCUUGAUGAGUCUCCCAAACAACCAGUUACUGAUUCUUCAAGGACUCGUCAAAGGCCAACUGCAGCUACUCCCACAAGACAACGUGGAAGGCCAACCACUUUCAGACAGCCAGAAGAUUCAGUUACAGAUGAUAUUUCUGAGUCACCUGAGCCUACCAGAAGGCCUUCCAUUUUCAGCCUUCCAAGUAGCCGACGACAGCCAGAAACACCUCCCUCGAGAUUCAGGGACAGAGUCACACCUAAACCAACUGAAGAGCCUAUUCCUGAAGAAGCUGAAACUGAAGCUCCUCCAGUAACUGAUGCUCCUGUGCCCUCUCCGACCCCUACUAAGCCUACAAGGCCUCCUCGCACUUCCCUUCGGAGAGAUGACAUCCCUAUCAUUCGACGCCCUGGAAGCUCUCGUCCUACACGCCCCUUCGUGCAUCAAGAUAACUCGGAAACGCCUGAAUCAAAGCCCAGUCUUAGAUUCACGCCUGCACCAGAACCCAAACCCACAGAACCUCCACUGCUGGAAGACAAUGAGCCUUUGGAAGGUGAGACGAGAAUGGUGAUGUACUUCCAUUGGAUGAGACUACAGGAACUGAAGAACUUCCAGUGAGUGAAGCCACCGGAGAUGAAGUCCUUCCAGUGGAUGAGUCCACUGGAGCUGAAGCACUUCCUGUGGAUGAACCAUCUGAUGUUACACCAAAGACUUCCACUCCCACAACCACAACCUCGAGGCCAAGAUUUGUAAGACCAACACAGCUAACCUUCACUACUAGCUCCUUUGACAUCAUUGAGGCACUGAAGCGCGAACGAACCUACACUCAGAUCGUGGCUCCCACCCGCACACGUGGCCAAGGCACACGUCGACGCACCCGCACGCAGGAGCCAUCCACUACUUCUUCUAUGGCUUCCAACGUGGUGUAUAGUACCUAUGCGACCACCACACUUCUUCCAAUUCUUGGCGGAGAGCAGUCGAUUACCCUUACCAUUCUGACUUCUACACUCACCACUCUCGCUGAGGAAGAAAUCCACCUCAUCACCGAUUCCCCAGAGCUCUUUGAUCCGGCCCUCAUCACCACCACCACAGGCGCACCUUCUCUUUCUGUCCCCCUGUUGAGCCUGUCCUCUGUCUCACUCUCGCCCACCGCGGCGGCUGCGUCUCCGGAUGCCUCACCAACCCUCUCGCUGUUCACUGAGGACGUGGUGGCCUCCACUACUGACACUGAGUCCCAAGUGUCGCCUACCCUUCCUGCACCCCAGCAGUCCUCCUCUAGGGCUUUCGGCUUCGGAGGUUCCUUUGCUGGAAUUGCAGGUGACAAGACGGCCUCUCCACGACCGCAGGAGCAGGCAAUCACGAACAACUUCGAGAAAUUCCGGCGGCCGCUCACUCUGCCUCCGUCGACGCUUUCCGACCACAUGUUGCUUUUCGCGUCGCAGGAGCCGGAGCAGGUGACUCAGCUCGCCGGCGGGGAUGACGGUGCCUUCCAGACUAAUACGUACUUCACGACCUACACCUACUACAACACGCUCUUGGCUGGCAACCGACCCUUCGUCAUCACUAGCAAGCAGACGGUGCAGAACGUCGUGACUGUUCCUCUGCCGGACACCGGGUCUUUCAUUGAGAGGACGGAGGUGACCUUCGACACGGAGACGUACUUCACCACGCAGACCUUCACUCGCACGGGCGCCAACGACAAGGUGGAGACGUCGGAGGAGGUGCUGACGCAGGUGGUGAUCACGGAGGCGCCGUCCGUGCAGCGCUCGAGCGUGGCCCCGAGCAGCACGGCCCUCAUCACCAAGACGUACUUCACGACGCUCACCUACUACAACACGGCGCAGGACGGCCGGGUCAGCAGCGAUACGGUCGUCUCCUCGGAGGUGGUGACGGAGACGACCUACGCGACGCCCACGCCCACGCUGGAGGGCGAGGGGGCUGUCACUCUCACCCCGACGCCCGCGCUUCAGCCCGAGGUGUCCUUCGACGCCGAUCAGGACGAGCUGGUGGUGUACGCGACCAAGACGCUGUACACGACGCUCACGUACCUGACCACCAUCCUGGAGGGCAGCGAAACCAUCACGGCGUCCAGGAUCGAGGUCUCGUCGAACGUCGUGACGGAGCCGCUGACGUCGGCCCUCAGCUCGGAGGAACUGAAUUCCAUCAGGAACUCUUACCUGUCGGAGCAGCUGAGGCCCAGCGUGGCUGCUGAGCCAGAGCCCCAGACCGUCAUGUACUACCACAUCCGCGAUAACCUGUAUAAACAGCUGCGCACCUUCUUCGCCACCUACACGCACUACACCACGAUGAGCGGCGGGGAGGUGCUCUCGCGGCUGGAGACCAAGACGAAGAUCCUCACCUCCACCGUGACCACGGCCAGCGUCCCAGCGUCCCUCCUCAUCAACCCCACGGCUGCCGUCGAGCCUAUCUUCGCGACCGACUUUGCCUCGUCUGCAGGACCGAGCCUGCAGCUGGACCCAUCCUAUCUGUCUUCACUGAAGAACUCCUUCCUAGCAGGUCGACCCACUGUGGGUGACCCGGGCGAGGAAGAAGGCCUCACAGCCACAGUACUGGUGGAGGAGGGCGAUGCCUCGGGCACUUUCGUGGUCAGCGACUCCACCACAUCAGCCACUCUGCUGGUCCGUCCCACAGACGAGCCUUCGACCUCGUCCAUCAGCGGCCAGACGAUCGUGAUCGUCGACUCGGCGCACCUGUCGUCCCUGAAGUCGUCCUACCUGGCUUCGCUCUCGGCGCAGCUGGCGUCCACAAAGGUACCAACUGUCGAGCCCACCGUCAGUCCUUCACCGACCGUGGUCCCAGCCACAGGAACCUCCGUGAUGCCUGACGAAGGAGACCCAUCCACGACGACGCCCGAUCCGGAAACCGACCCUACUAUUACUACAUCCAUCCUCAAUGAAACCACGGUCGUGCCAGGCACCGAUGGCACGCCGACAACGUUGGGUCCAGGCGAUACAGUCGUAGUCGUGGACCCUGGCGAUGGAGGCGAAACGACCAUCCUGCCAGAGGUGCCCCUAACCGUGCGUCCUGACUUGCCCAACCCCGACGAACUCUUCCCAGGAGGAGUCAUUCCCGCGGCAGCCAGUGGCGGUUCUUCCUCUGGUGGCGACAGGAGCGACGGUGGCUCAGAAGCCGCCGAGGGCAGUUCUGGCGGCAUCAGCAUCACAGGCUCUGGAAAUAACGGUCUGAACAUCGACCUGGGUCCGAUGCUGACGGCCGUGGCUGGCAUUCUCCGCAACAAUCUCAACAGCCAGAUUGCUGCCAAAUCUGACGACAACCGCAGGAAGAUCAACUCCCCCCUGCGACCUCCCAACACUCUCAUUUCCGCACAGCGUGAGCCUCUGCUGAUCCCAGUGGGCGGUGUGGGUGCUUCGCUGAGCAGCUCUCGCGACCACACCGAGGGCCCCGAGCAUGGCUUCAUUCCUCUCAGACGCCCAGCAGCUCCUGAAACGCAGCCCCGAUUCCCAGCGGGUGCCCAAGAGCCACCGCGAGGCGCACCGGCGUUGAAUGCCAACCCAGGCUUCAUCAAGAUCAUGCCCGAGCUGCCAGACCUCCCCACACCCAUCCAUCUUGAUGAAAUGGAAAAGUUCGGCCCCACUUUCCUCCCGCCACAGAAGACGCAGUCCGGCUUCACCGCCAUCACCACAGAGUCUCUGGGACCGACGCGCGUGUCUGUGAUUUCCGGAUCUCAGACCAUCUUCUUCGGCGGAGUUGAUCUGCAGGAUCUGCCUCCGCCAGGCCAGCCAGCGCCGACCUCCGUGCAAGGCGCAGGUGGCUUCGAGCGCACGUCCCUCUUCCUGCAGCCCAGCCAACCCGUCCUCCUCGAGGAGACGAGAGUGACGGCGGCCCCAUCCCCCUCCCAGUGACCCCGCAGUCCCUGGGCGAUCAGCUGGCGGUGGGAGACACGCAGCCGGACGGGAUAUUCUCGAGGCCGUCCCCGCAGCUCCCUCAGCCCUCGCGAGUCGGACCGGCCACGAUCGUGAGCGUAGAAGGGGACAACCGCAUCGUCGGCACUCAGAUCGUCCACGCGAGGCCGGUCGACACCUAUCGGCCUGAGCCCUCAGUCAUCGUCUCGCCCGCGCGAGGGGAGUUCGUGUUGCAGUCCACUGUGGGCGUCGGCAUCUUGUCGAGCGACUCCGAGAACGACCAGCGGCCCCGCCCGCCUCCGGGUCUAGAAGGAACCGUGCUGACGGGCGUCGAGACCAUCCUCGUGGGCCAGGGGGCUGAUAGCGGACGCACCACCGUGGUCCGGGGCUCCUCGACCGUGAUGUCAGGCGCCACCACCAUCUUCAAACCCCUGUUCACCCGACCUGCAGCAGGCAACGAGCCUUUGGGAGACCUGACCUCCGUGGUGACAGGCCCAGGCGGCCUCCCCACGCAGUAUAUCACUCGCGUGGAGACGGAGGCUCGCACCAUCACCGCCACGCGCACUGACGUCCUCUACACGGGCGGCGUGACAUCCACGCUGACGCAGGUGAUCCGCAGCACCCUGCCCCUGCGCACCAUCGUCACCACAGUCGUCGGAACGGCCACGCAGGUCAACUACAUCACGGCGACGGCGCCCGCGGACGGCGCCUUCCUCUCCGGCGACCCCACCACGUACCCCCCGGGCUCGCCCUUCGACCCCGCCAACUACCCGUCCUUCCCCCUGGACGCCCAGCCCGGCGACGGCGACCUGCGACUCCCCGAGGACGCCGAGGUGGUGCUGAACGAGGCCAGCCUGGGCAUCGCCGAGGACAACGAGAUCAGCCGCGUGGUGGAGAGCAAGAGCCCGGACCAGGAAAUCACCGUGGGGGGCCCCGUGCGCGCCGCCGUGUCCCCGUGCGAGCCGCAGUGCUCCGCCGCGCGCCACGAGGUGUGCAGGCCCGUCCGCGGUGCCUACGCCUGCGUCUGCCGAGCGGGCUACGCCAGGAGAGACAGCGCCGAUGCAUGCAGACCAUCGGCCGCCUACAACGUGCAAAUCCUGCUCGACCGCGUGAGCGACGAUCAGCUGAUCUACAACUCCCUCUUACGCAACGCCUCGCACCCAUUCACCAUCGAGCUCUCCAACGAAGCCACCUUUGGCAUCGACCAGGCUAUGCGCGGCUCUCACCUGGCGCCUCGCUACCACGCCGCUACCAUUACCAAGUUUAUGGACACCAAGGAGACCGUGAUGCCAGCCUCGGUGGGAAAUAUGGACCACGGGCUGAUAGCCGAAGUCAAGGUGGAGAUCGCUCGGGGCGACGCCGACGGCACCGAGUACGAGGAGGAGAUCAUCAGCGAGUCGGUGGUGAAGGAGGCCCUCGAGUCGUCCUUGAGGAACACCAACUUCUCCUUGGGCGGCACCGAGCUCUUCGCCAACCGCGCGGUGUCGGUGUUGGCGGCGCAGGACUUCGACGAGUGUUCGACGGUCGACCACAACGACUGCUCCGACAAGGCCCACUGCUUCAACACCCUCGGCUCCUUCCUGUGCGCCUGCAAGGACGGCUACAAGGACAUGGACGACCUGCCGGGCAGGCAGUGUGCUGUCCAGACAGAGCAGUGCGCCUUCUGUAACUUCCAAGGAGAGUGCAUCGAGAAGGCUGACGGCUCCUACGGGUGCCGUUGCCUCCAGUGGUUCAGCGGCGAGCAGUGCCAGAUCAACCUUAGAGUGCUGCUGAUUGUGCUGGUGACGGUGGGUUCCCUGCUGAUCCUGCUGCUGAUGCUGUGCCUCGUCCUCUGCUGCCUCAGAGCACGGCGCAACACCAGGAAUAAACUCGGACAGAUGACCGGCGCGCCCACGUUCCUCCGGGCGAGAGGGGCGGGCAUGGGCAGCACCCUCGACCGCCGCGCCAUGAUUCACGAAACCUCAUCCGAGUCUUCCGCCGAACGCCCACGAUCGCCGCCCACGUCGUUCACCAGGCCCCCCAGGUCGGACGUCAGCGCCAGCAGGCACUCCAGGACCUCCUUCGCCGAGGAUCGCUCCGUCGGACUCCACACGACGCUGCCUCCCGUGCUGAUCCCGCGCGUGAAGGGCCCCGCGCCGCGCCGCCCCUCCGUCGUGAGCCGCGGCGAGAACGGCGAACCGCGCGUCAUGAUCGGCGCCGACGCGCGCUCUGACCUGGCGGCGUCGCAGCAGGCGUACGUGGACCUGCUGGAGCCGCCGACGGCCUCCAUCGGCCCGAGCCACCACGGGCGCAGCAGCAGGAGGGAGAGCCUGGCCGCCGCCUCCGUGCACUCCGUCCACGCGCGCAUCAACCGCUCCAGGUCGCAGUCCCGCGAGCGCCUCACGGACUCGUUCCUGCACCACCACCUCCCGCAGGGCUCCAUGCGCUCCAGGUCCUCCGACAGGCUCCACCACAGCAGCCACGACCUCCACUCCGAGUUCGGGGUCAACUUCUCCUUCAGGCACGACGGGGAGAGGAGCGAAGCGAGAUCCUAUGACGAAACGACAGUCCGGCCGCCCGUUCGAGCCGCGGGCCCUGACAGCUUCUACUCCUCGAAAGCGCUGUCUUCCCAACACAUUUCCGACGAGCACCAGACGAUGGCAGAACGUGACGGGGGAUCUACGCUAGUUUACCCGCAGACAGAACUAUACAGACCCGUUCGUGACACCGAUUCCCUAAGCGACAUGAGCGACCACCACUCCAAGGCCACUUCGAGUAGAGCAGCUUCCAGAAGCUUCUUCUCGUGAGGCGUCUCCUGAGAGAUGUCACUCAAUCGGUGCUGUCAAACUGGUGUCAAUCGCGUUGUUACGUCAAGGCUGCGACUUCUUUGUGGCGUUCCUAAAGUGCGCUGACUGCGACCCUCUCCGUUUUCUUCGGUUACUUGAACAAGAUGGGUAAACUGCGCUAAAUCAAGUAGUGUAUAGAUAUCGCCAGGUCAAGGCACGUAUGUCGGGCUGUGUUGUCCAAUUAUCGGGCUCGACUACAAAAAAAUAGUCAUGUUUUUUUUCGUUUUUUUCCUCAAUUCUUCUAUUUCAUUGUAAUAUUUUUGUUCCACCUCUUGUCGUUUUUUGGAUAUAAUCUUGUUAUUUAGCCGUGGAGAACACACGCCCUUUGUCACUGCGCAUAGUACUAGUAGCAGUGAAAAAGGGCGAGGGAAGUACGAUUUAGAGAAAAAAAAGGUAUAUAUUUUUCAGUUGUGUUUUUACCUCUGACUGUGUGCUUGCUCUCUACACUAGAGACCAAGAAUGUAAGGCCAAAAAAAUGGUUGUUUGCCAUUUAUGAUUACGCAAUUGCCUCUAAUUUUCAGAGGUGCUUUUGUAAUUGGCUAAAAAAAUGGAAAAGGAAAUGGGGCCGCUCGAUAUGUUCAGGAGGGUGGAGUAAUAUUUUUCUUUUGUAACCCAUUUUGGUGCCUAUUAUUUUCUCUGUAAAAAAAAAAA